AUGCCGGCCACUCAACCUUCUGGAACGGCCCCACGGUCGUCGGUUGUCGACCCGUUCGACGCCCCUCAGUCCUGCAUCCUCCCCUAUCGUCCCGCAGCCUCGUCGUCGACACAAGCACAAGGUUCUGGAUCCGAGCCACAGAGCAACAACCCGCAAACCAACACCUCAGCUCCGCAGGAAGAGCAGGGCGGCAACACCGCGGACGCAGAUGCUUCUGAGAGCUCGUCCAACGCCUCAGACUCUGACGACGAUAUGGCCGACGCGCGCAGCGAUUGCAGCGAUCCUCAAGAAGCGGCGUGGGCGGACCUCUUGUACAGCGGCGUUGGACCUAGGCGGGCUUUGCAGCUGGUGUACCCCGAAGAGUAUGCGAGUUUAGUGGCGGAGGAGGCGGCGGCGGAGGCGGAAGCGGCAGCGGCGGCAGCGGCUAACGGCUAUGGUACCGCCCAGCCUUACCCAACGUACCCAUAUCCUGGCCUCCCCCAGACCGACGUCGACGGCAGCACCUUCGCGCCUGAUCAUCGUCAGCCGCCCACGAGCCUCCCCAACCAACAACCUCCCGUCGGCUUCCCGAACGACGCGAACAACUCUGGAGGUUGGCCGGGCUCUGGUGGUCCCGACAUGGCCGCCGCCAACGUCGACCCUGAAGCCCAGCGUGAGAUGACUGCGCUCCACGAGGCGGCCGGCGGCACCGAGUGGCCUGCGUGGCUGGAUCCGCGUUUGGAGGAUGGCUCCGUGUCGGGAGCCGCAAACACCAUCCCGCCGUCCUUGCCCGAGGUGGCGCCCGCUCAGCAUCAGCCACAGCCUUUCGAAGGAUCUGAGGAGGACGCGCCGCAUGAGAUGGAUUGCGAUUACGACUACGGCGCCGGCGACGGGACUGCCGCCGCUGUCGAUGGCGCGUCCACCGUCGCUACUGGCACGCCGGCGAGCGGAGCUUACACCCCUGGAACGGAAUGCUCUGAUCCCAACUUUGGCUUCAAGUAG